AUGCGUUUUGGAUAUAUGAUCGCAUUUCUUGCUGCAACUGUUGCGGCAAUGCCCCGUGGGGAGAUCAAGCAGGAUAUGAAAAGCUCCAUGACUUCUUCCAUGACUAUGUCGAUGCCAAUGAAGAGGACAGCGACUCCCAUGUCUUCCUCUUCCCAGGCAACCCCAACUCCUUCCAUGAAUGCUGCCGAUCACAUGAGAGGAGAUAAGUUUAUGAUGCUGUAA